GUGGAGCGAAAACAUGAAAGUGGUUCUUUAUUUCCUGGUGUACUCCUCAGUGGUACUGGCCCUGUUCUCGGCGUUCAUGUACUUGAUGACGGUGGUGGAUCCUGACCUGAUGGAUCUGCCUCGGAAGGCGGCGCUCAUGAGCUACCACAGCGGGCACAGCCACACGUACAAACCUGAUGACGAUGAUGAGGAUAAUACGACUGAUCUGCCUGCAGAAGCAUACCUCGAAUACUCACAGCUCCUAGCGAAUAUUACCAGAAACAUCACACUCGAUUGCACUGCCUUCGUGGUCGGCUACUCCGUGGUGCUGCUAGGGCUGUUUGGGCUGUGCUGUUACCUCAUGAGCACAGUGAACCCCAAGCCUCUCGACGAACUGAAUACCACGGAUGAACGACCACACGAUAGGAGAGGAUACGAUGUGAUCCCAUAUCCCGAUGACAAAGAUAUCUUCAGGACCGAUGAUGAAGACCAUUUGGGGUAUGGUUUGGACAAAGCAAAAGGCAACAAGGCGCUCAAAGUAGAUCAAAGCGUCUCGCACUUAAUUCCCUUGUACAGGCAUUUGCUUCGAAAAGGAGCAUUCGUUAACAGCUCUUUGGUGCAAGAUGUCGUGCCACCCAUAAUUCCCUCCAUGCAAAGAACCUCCACCACUACACAAAGGUCAGUUGUCAUUAGAAAACCAAAUACUAACACUACAAAUCCAAUAGCAGUAAAAUAUCCCCCAGUUAAAGGCUUGCGAAGGUCCGUCAACGCUAUAGAAACCAAUUCGAUCAAAGAUGAAGAAAGUUCUGGAGUGAUACUUAAAAUCAUAGAUGAUAGUGGGCGCCCAAGAAUUGAGAUUAAGUUGGGACCAAAUGGCUCCUUUGAGGGAAACAAAUUAAGAUAUCAUCGAAGCUCAGAGAAUGAAACAAAAAGUGAUGUUCAUGAUAGUAAUGUUACUUCCCAUGCUGAUGAGUAUGAUGAGUCGAAUAAUAAAAAUACUAUCAUAAAAAUAUUGCCGAAUAACACAAUGGUCUUUGAAAAAGUUGACCACUCUCUGGUUUCAUUCAAUGUUGUCAAAGAAAAACCUUUGGGUACUGAAGAUUACAAUGUUAAAAACGGUAGUUUAUCCCACGAUGGGGAUCCCAAUGUAAAACCUAUCUACUUGCGCCUCUCUUGUUUCGUCUAUUAA